UGCUCUGUGCGUGCGUGGGCGGCGCUGCGUGGUACCGUAUCCACAAUCCUCUCUUCUCCCUCCCACGCACCCCUGCCCGUGACUCUCACGGAUCGUAGGGAGAGAAGAAGCCGUAAUCUGCUCCUGUUUUGAGGUUGCAGCGACCGAUAUCUGCGUGUUUUCCGCUCCAUGCCUCCGGACUGUUUCUCCAUGCCCGAGCCGCAGUUCAGAUGGGGGGAGACUUAAGCGCAGCAGCGGGUGUCUGGCACGUGAACGCGCGCGGCAGGUCUCUCUGGCGGGCCAUCCCGAACACGGGAUGCUGAACGGGAGCCGAGAGGGUUUGUUUGAACUGGGCAGGCAGCUCCAGCAGGAAGGAGACUCACAAGCUGCUCUGCACUGCUUUUUGAGCUGCCUGCUGGGACUCACACAUGUGCAGAGCUUCCACUCGCUUCCCAACUGCCUGCAUCAGAUCGCUGAACUCUACAUCGAUGACAAGAACUAUGGGAAAGCUCUACAGUUUAUUCAGGCAGAGAAGAUGUUCUACGAAGUGGCAUUGAUCGAGCUCACCUCUCUGCAGGCCAGCACAGGGUCUCAGGAAGAAGGAACAUCAGGAUGUCUGUCUCAAGAGGAGUUAUCAGAACAGGCUUCACAGGCCCAGGAUCUUGAGAGACUGGCUCAUCUCUGCAUCAUGAGCAAAAGACCCCACCUUGCAUUAGAAUACAGUGGCAAGGCCACUAAAAUCCACCAGAGGGCUUUUGGUAACGAUCACCCCAUCACAGCCCGGAGUCUGGAGCUGCUGGCCACUGUCUAUGCAGAGAUCGGCAAAACAGAAUAUACAAAUUCAUUGGGAGAGUGUGUGUCGACUCUUUCCAAAAGGUUCUCAGCCACCGAGUCAUUCAGCGACGCUCUGAGUAGCAUCUCUCAUAGCCAUAAAGACAGACACUCGGAGCUGCGACACAGAAAAGAGCCAUACAUACAACAGGAAACUCCUAACACAAAGGUCAUAAAUGAAAAACUGCCCACCUCUAUUCUGAAAAGGUCCAACGUGAGCAAUGUGGAGUCAGACUCAUCACGCAAGCGGAAAACCGAGAGGCGGGUUCGCUUCAGAGAGCCGGAGAUCACUGUUCAUGACAUUCCAUACUAUGACUGUUUAGGAGUCUAUGACACUCCCCAGAGCCGUUUGCACCUGGCCCUGCUCACUUGCCUGUUCCUGCUUCUGUCUGCGCUGGGUCUGGCACUGUACUGCACGGACCGCCGGAGACCCCAGCGUGCAUGCGAAGAGCUGCAGACGGCACUGGCUGUGUACCUACUUCAGUUCAAACAGAUUGUUUGGGCCUGCUGGAUCUGGCUGACCAUGCAAUGACCAUAACUGACCACAGGGGGCAGCAACAGGCAGGAAAAAAACCCUUAAAAGGUCAGGAUGUCUUUUGAAGGACUUUGGAGGAAAUUAGAGCUAAAGAAUGGUCCUCUUGUUUUUUUGUUUUUUUUUUAUUGCUUUAUUUUGACUGUUAUAACCAGACUGGCCACCAGUCAAAUUUUCUGAGGAUGUUCAACAUCCACCUCUUUGAUUUUGUGGUUGAUUAAAGGCCAUGUGCUUUUCACACCAUUAAGGUAUGGUGUGCAUUUCUGCCCUUUAUGGUGGCAUAGCUAAUGCCACAUCCUCAUUAUACUGAGCCGUGUAUAUUUAGAUCUCUGUAUGUAGCUGUUUUUUCCUGUAUAGCGGUUCUGGAUGAAAUGUUUUAAAGGAAUAAUUCACCAAAAAUGAACAUUUUCUGAACAUUUUCUCAUCCUCAGGUCAUCCAAUAUGUAGAUGAGUUUGUUUCUUUAUUGAAAUUGAUUUGGAGAAAUUUAGCAUUCGAUAAAUGGCUCACCAGUGGAUCAUCUGUAGUAAAUGGGUGCCGUCAGAAAAAUGUCAUGAUUCAAAAGUAUUCCACACGUUUUGUGAAGCAAAAAAGCAUUUGUGAGAAAACAAAUCCAUCGUUAAGACGUUUUAAAACCCUUUUACUUGUGAAUUACUGUGAUGUUUUUAUCAGCUGUUUGGACUCUCGUUCUGACGGCACCCAUUCACUGCAGAGUAUUCAUUAGUGAGCAAGUGAUGUAAUGCUAGAAAUCUCCAAAUCUGUUCCGAUGAAGAAACAAACUCAUAUCACUCUGAGGUUGAGUACAUUUUGAGUACAUUUUUAUUUGUGGCUGAAUGUUUCCUUUAAAGCAUCUUUUGGUCCUUUUGCAAAGAAUACUUGUGCAGCAAUAUUAAUUAAAACCUUUAGCACUCAGAAUUAUACUAGACUGUUGAGAGAGAAAACAAAUGAAUGAAUUCCAUCCACAGGUAGAGCCCGACUGAUAUAUUAAUAGGUCAGUAUUAUCAGUAAAAUAAGGCAUGCAAGACCUUGAAUACUUUUACAAGCCUCUAAUAAGCUAUAUGAAAAAGAGCCACAUGUAACGGUGAGUACAUGCAUAAUAUCAUGUGCAUUGUCACAAAUAGUGACAUUUUAGUGCAGAGAAAGCGUAGACACAUCGCAUGUGCUUAUAGAAUGAGUAAACGCAUCCUGCUAGUGCUGUUCUUUGUUCAUUUGCUUUAUAUAAUAUUUACCUCCAAGUUUUCUGUCAAAAAUUUGGGGAUAUAAGUAGCAACAUAAGGGCUCUCUGAUUUAAAGAGUGAAUUUAGGAAACUGCUGAAAUAAUUUUACUGUAUUACAAAAAUAAAGGCAGAAUUGAGUUGGAAA